AUGUACUUCAAACCUGACAACAGUGUGCGGAAAUGGGCAGCUCCUGAGGCUGAGAAACGCCUUGACGAGUCUGGCAGUGAAUGGCGUUACAAGCCAUCGCCCAACUCCGGCUAUCCAGACGGGAUCCCCAAGUAA